CCAGGCAAGCGAGGAGAUAAUCCAGCACUGAGUGCUCUUCAGAGCGCGGUUUAACACAGGCAUUGACGAGGUCCAAUUAGACACAGGUGUGUGACCAGGCACAGGGAAGAAACGAGGUCUAAUUAGCAACAGGAGUGUUGGGCCAGGCACAGGGAGGAGACGAGGUCCAAUUAGCCACAGGUGUGUUAGACCAGGCACCUGGAAGAGCCAGUGAGUUGGGAGUGAGACAUGGGGCACAUGACAGAGAAGACAUGGAUCCGGCUCAGAUCGUGUGACAGUAUGUUGCAAUGAUUGGGUCUGCUGUCUACUUACAACAUGCCCUGGCAGAUCAAAUAUUCAAAUACAAUUCAAGAAUCAGAGUGGUUUCGUUUUGCACUCUAUUGCAAUCUGCAAGAGAGACAACAAGGGCAGCACAGAUAGUAGGGAAGUCCAUACAUGGUACUUCCCUGUUAGGUCUACACCAACGAGCUGUUCACGAGAAAUGAAACUAAACCACAUGAGUGCAUCAGACAAGUAUCCGAUCAUCACUGCUAAAGAUCAGAAGCGCAGGCAAAGCAGAUGUAACUCGGAAGAUGAAGAGCCAGAGGAUCUACUGCCAGAACUGAGAGACCCCAGCCAAAUACUACAGGAGCAGCACCUUGAAAGGCUGGUGGCCCACCUACCUGCCCGAACACAAGGCUAUCCGUGGCGACUGGCGUACAGUACAGCUGUGCACGGGACCAGCCUCAGGACUCUCUACAGGAACAUGGCAAGCAUAGACAGGCCCGUGCUCUUGGUCAUCAAGGAUAUGGAAAACCAGGUGUUCGGUGCUUUCUCUUCCCAUCCCUUCCGAGUGAGCAGAGGCUGCUAUGGAACCGGAGAGACCUUCCUCUACAGCUUCAGUCCAGAGUUUAAGAGGUUCAGCUGGACUGGGGAAAACUCCUACUUUGUGAAGGGCUUCAUGGACUCACUACAAUUAGGGGGAGGAGGGGGCUCAUUUGGGCUCUGGCUGGGUGCCGAUCUGUGCCGUGGCUCCAGCUACACCUGCCACACAUUCCACAACCAACCUCUCUCCGCACACCAUGACUUUGCCGUGCGGGAGCUGGAGGUGUGGACAUUCGAGUGAGAACAGAGAUCACCAGCAACGAUGUCGAACAAGAGCAGCCCACCCAAAGCUGAGAGGGUGGUUUUAAGCACUAACUAUGAACAUUUAAGAGGGGCUUUUAAGCAGUGUUUUAAGUUGUGUCUGCGAUCACUGGUUGGACAUGACGAACUAAGCAACUGAGCAUAGAAGGGGGCUGACAGGUUUUCACUUUCUUUCCUACUCCAGAUUUCUCCUCUCACAUGCCCAGACACAUUCCGUCGUAAAAUACUUUACUGGUAAACUGGUAAGGCAUAAGUGGCGUAAUGCUUGCUUCUGGAACCACUGCACACUGCAGUACUAAGCUACGCAUUUACUUUGCACUAAAUUCCACUGGUGCCUGUGCUCUGCUAAAGGAUUUAACAGACUCAGGUUGUGUGUUGUGUUGACAUUCCCCUUCUGAUUUUAAACAUUGACCGUUUACCCACUUUUACAGUGGGUCUUUUUAUAUGGAUUAUUUAAAAACAUUCCUUGGAUGAUGUUUUUUUUCUCCAGGAAAUCUAUUUUUAUACUUUUUAUACCUUAUAUCUGUUUUAAUGAUCAUUGUCUACCUGUAUAAUAUCUUAGAGUGUUAGCACUGCUGAUCCAAAUAAAAGGGAUUCCUGAUCCAAA